AUGAAUAUGCUCCUGUGUAAUCCUGUAAUAUUUUUCCUGAUAAAAAUCAUUUAUGUGCUUUCUGUAGUAGGGGUGAAACAAGGCAAAGGGAGAGUAAUGUGGCGUCGCUGCAUUUGCUGUCAAGCCACUGAGUUUGAUGAGAAUGAAAAUGGGCGUGCCAAGGCCAAGGCCCCAACAAAUAACGUAGAUGGAAUGAAAAAGGGUUUGAAAGAUUCUGCUACUGUGAAAGCCGAGCCACAAGAUUCAGCUCCCUCUAUCAAUAUUCCUGUUCUAUCUUUGGAUGAAUUAAUAGAAAAGACUGAUGAUUUUGGGGCAAAGGCUUUAAUAGGCGAAGGGUCUUAUGGGAGAGUGUACUAUGCUGUCCUUGAUGAUGGGACAAAAAUGGCAGUGAAGAAACUUGAUGCUACUGAAAAUGAGCCCAUAUCAGAAUUCUCGACUCAGGUUUCCUUGGUUUCAAGAUUGAAACAUGAAAACUUCGUAGAUAUAUUGGGAUACUGUAUGGAGCGUAACCUUCGCAUAGUAGCCUAUGAAUUUGCUACCAUGGGGUCCCUGCAUGAUGUUCUACAUGGAAGAAAAGGAGUACAAGGUGCACAACCUGGUCCACCACUUAAUUGGAUGCAGCGAAUGAAAAUUGCUGUUGAUGCUGCCAAAGGACUUGAAUAUCUGCACGAGAAGGUCCAGCCUUCUAUUGUACAUAGAGAUGUUAGAUCCAGCAACAUCCUCUUAUUUGAGGACUUCAAGGCCAAGAUUGCAGACUUCAAUCUUUCAAAUCAGGCUCCAGAUAUGGCUGCUCGGUUGCAUUCUACUCGUGUGUUGGGAACCUUCGGUUAUCAUGCCCCAGAGUACGCAAUGACUGGUCAGCUGACCCAGAAGAGUGAUGUGUAUAGUUUUGGGGUUGUUCUCUUGGAACUUCUGACAGGAAGAAAGCCUGUGGACCAUACAGCGCCCCGAGGGCAGCAGAGCCUGGUUACAUGGGCUACACCAAGAUUAACUGAAGACAAGGUGAAGGGUUGCAUAGAUCCCCGGUUGGAGGGUGAAUAUCCGCCGAAGGGACUUGCAAAGCUUGGGGCGGUAGCAGCUCUGUGUGUGCAAUAUGAAGCCGAGUUCCGUCCAAGCAUGAGCAUUGUGGUGAAGGCUUUAUCUCCCCUUACCUUGAGCAGGCAAACUCCACCUGGACCACCACCAGCUCUGGACAGUUGA